AUGUACAUUCCUAAGCAGCAGUCUCUUACCCAGGCGCAGGUCGCCCCUCAAUCUCUGGAAGUAAUUCUCGACUGCAAUACCUCAGUCGCGGCAUACCCUGGCCUGCCUCCCGGAUUCCAACCCCCAUACAGAACGAACCCUGACGUGCAGACCAUCGAGGCGUUUAUACAGGUGACGUGGGUGCUCUGGUUUCUGUUCAUUCUCUUGAUGGUCUGUCGCGGCCUCUACACUCAAUGCGGCAACGGCAACGGCAACGGCGACGACAAUUCCGAUUUGGAAUCCGACAUCACGGAAUCAGCCUGGCGGGAAGAAGAUCCCACCUUGCCAGCUCCGGUGGUGGCCUCGAAGCACCGAAAGAGGCUGAAGAAGCUGGAGCAAGUUGCGCCCGCCCAAUCGUUACAACACUGGAGGGCCGAGAAGUCGGUAGAACAUAUCCAGACAUUCGCCACCGUCUCCCCGACUCUGAGUUGUGCGAUCUGCCUCGACUCACUGGAGGAGAACGACCAAAUCCGCGAGCUACGAUGUGGGCACGUCUAUCACGCCGAAUGUCUCAGUCUCUGGGUCGAAAGAGGACACCACGAUUGUCCGCUCUGCAAAUAUGACAUGCUGGGGUUGAAGAAGACCAUGUCGAAGGCCCAACUCUCCGUGAGCCGGAGUGCGACAAGGACAAACCUGAACACUGUUGCUACUCCGGAGCGUGGGGAGGGGGCAGAGGAUCUAGUGAUUCAUAUCGACGACGAUACGGACGACGGCGGCGUGACUGACGACGACAGUGACGACGGUUGA